UCGCUGCGCCUGGCUCUAUUGGCUGGCCGGCUCGGGGCCGGGAGCGCUGAUUGGUCCAGGGCCCUGAGGCGACAGAUUCCGGAAAAAGGAAGAGCAGCCAAUAUGGCGGCGGAGCGCGGCGCGAGGCAGCAACAGUCGCAGGAGAUGAUGGAGGUUGACAGGCGGGUUGAAUCUGAAGAAUCAGGUGAUGAGGAAGGGAAGAAGCGCAGCAGUGGCAUUGUGGCAGACCUCAGCGAGCAGAGCCUGAAGGAUGGAGUGCAGCGAGGGGAGGAGGACCCAGAAGAACAUGAGCUGGCUGUGGAUAUGGAAACAAUUAACCUGGAUCGAGAUGCAGAGGAUGUCGAUCUGAACCACUAUCGAAUUGGAAAGAUCGAAGGCUUCGAGGUACUGAAGAAAGUGAAGACUCUCUGUCUCCGUCAGAACUUAAUCAAAUGCAUUGAGAACCUGGAGGAAUUACAGAGUCUUCGAGAGCUGGAUCUCUACGACAACCAGAUCAAGAAGAUUGAAAACCUGGAGGCACUGACAGAGUUGGAGAUCCUAGAUGUUUCCUUUAAUUUGCUGAGAAACAUUGAAGGAAUCGACAAAUUGACACGGCUGAAAAAACUCUUUUUGGUCAACAAUAAAAUCAAUAAAAUUGAGAACAUAAGCAACUUACAUCAACUGCAAAUGCUGGAGCUGGGCUCUAAUCGCAUCCGGGCAAUCGAAAAUAUCGACACGUUAACCAACCUGGAGAGUUUGUUUCUGGGAAAAAACAAAAUUACUAAACUUCAGAACCUGGAUGCACUUACCAAUCUGACAGUCCUCAGUAUGCAGAGCAACCGGCUGACCAAGAUAGAAGGUCUGCAGAGCCUGGUGAACCUACGGGAGCUGUACCUCAGCCACAAUGGCAUCGAGGUCAUCGAGGGCCUGGAGAACAACAACAAGCUCACGAUGUUGGACAUUGCAUCAAAUAGAAUCAAAAAGAUUGAAAAUAUCAGCCAUCUAACAGAACUGCAAGAAUUCUGGAUGAACGACAAUCUCCUUGAGAGCUGGAGUGACCUUGAUGAGCUGAAGGGUGCCAGGAACCUUGAGACAGUGUACCUGGAGCGCAACCCCCUGCAGAAGGACCCGCAGUACAGGCGGAAGGUCAUGCUGGCCCUUCCCUCCGUACGGCAGAUCGACGCCACGUUCGUCAGGUUCUGAGUCCUCCUUGCUCCUCACCUGGUCCCUCUCCUCAAAAGAACUUCCCAGGCACCGUUUUUUAAUCCACCUAUUGCUCCGGAGAUGGUCACUAUAUCAACAGUCACAACCCAAUGGCAAUAAAAAAGGCACUGACGGUAGCUGACGUGGUGCUGAGCACCAUUUGGAGAUGCCAGUCUUAUUAAACCUGCCACAUGGUCUUCCUGGUGAAUUGUGGACAGUCAUUGUAGCCAUGGAAAGCACACAGGACCCGUAGCACUCGUGUUCCUUGUGUGUGUCUGUGUCAUCUCAGAGGAAAGCCACAGCCCCACCUGAGUCAUGUAAUGUGGGUCUGAGGGUGCUUUUAGGAUGUCUGUGCUGCUGCCCAGGUGGGCAGUAAAGGCCAAUGUGCAGAAUUCUGCAGUCGUGACCCGCAACAGCACACUUUUUAGUCUUUCAGGCCAGUCAAUGCCAAUUUUGAAAAAAAAAAUUAUAUAUUAAAAAAAAAUGGGUAAAAGAUAGUCUGGCCUUAGGUGCCAUGAUUCUCAGAGCUCUCUUGUGGAGCGAUGGCUGGAGUGCCAGGAACUAUGCUAAAAGGCUGUGUGUGUGGACAGCCACAUCCCAUGUACCCCAGCUACAUUGUGCCAUUUACAGCACAAGCCUCCUGACCUUACCCCAUUAUCCUUUGGUUUCUGUGACAUCUACAUUGGCCACAUUGGGGCCUGAAUUUAAUGCUGCAAAGGUAUUGUCCUUCCUUAGAGCAUCAGAUUUCCCCUGCCACAGGAUGAGAAUUGAACUGUAUGGUCGCCAGAGGUCUGAGAUUCCUGACCUACACUGUACAGCACAGGGCCACUCUGCCACCCAUGGCAAUUUC